GAUCGUUCCGUCAACAUCGCUGCCCAACACAGAGUGUGCUCGGUGCGGUCAUCUCCCGUUGAUCUUCGCAAAGAUCGUUCGUCUUGGAUUUACAGUUUGUGAUCAGAACAUGAGUGUUCUGGCAGAGUGCUAAUCUGUAUCCGCUUGGGAAUCAAUCCGGAUAACCCUUUGAUUCGACGAAACUCCUCCGAAAUCGCCAAUCGAAAUGGUGGGCCUCAAUGUGGACGAUGUGAAGGUAUCGCUGCAGAAGUUUGGACUGUACGAUUACGUAGUGUUUCUGCUAAUGCUCCUCAGUUGCGUGAUGAUAGGGAUUUACUUUGGAUUUCUCAAGAAGAAGGCGAAAAAGGGAGAAGCCGAGGCCGAUUACUUAGUGGGCAAUCGACAGAUGAAGAUCAUUCCGGUGUCCCUUUCGCUGAUCGCAAGUUUCAUUUCGGGCAUCUCACUGCUUGGCACACCGACCGAGAUCUACGUUUACGGUAUUCAGUACAUGUACAUCGUCGGAGGAGUCAUUACAAUGGGCUUCGUAAUGAUGUACUUCUAUCUUCCGGUGUUUCACAAUCUAAAACUAACUUCUACAUAUCAAUAUCUGCAAACACGUUUCGACAAACGUAUGCGCCUCUUCGGUUCAAUUCUGUUCACAUUGGCCACGAUGGCAUGGCUACCGAUUGUGAUCUACGUACCGGCGCUUGCUUUCAAUCAGGUCACCGGAAUCAAUGUCCACCUCAUCACACCGAUCGUAUGCGUCAUCUGUAUCUUCUACACUUGUGUCGGUGGCCUGAAAGCGGUCGUAUGGACGGACGUUAUUCAAACCGUGCUCAUGUUCGGUGCGAUGCUGCUGAUUAUCAUCAAAGGAACACUCGAUGUCGGUGGCGUCUCGGUGGUGAUGGAACGAGCCAAGGCUAGUGGCCGUAUCGAGGGUCCGGAUCUGCGCUUCGACAUGACCACACGCCAUAAUAUCUACUCGUGUGUGCUCGGUGGUGUUAUCUAUUGGUUAAAAACGAACGCCGUUAGCCAAAACAUGAUCCAACGGUAUCUCUCGCUGCCGACGCUGAAUGCCGCCAAAAGGGCUCUGUGGACGUUCAUCUGCGGUACGCUGUUGCUGCUUGCCCUCUGCUGCUACAGUGGAUUGCUAAUCUACGCCAAGUACUACGACUGUGAUCCGCUGACGACCAAACUGGCGAAAGCGAAAGAUCAGCUUCUGCCACUGCUUGUGAUGGACACGCUCGGUGAUUUCCCGGGACUUCCGGGACUGUUUGUGGCGGGAGUUUUCUCGGCCGCACUGAGCUCACUCUCCACCGGUCUCAAUUCCAUGUCCGCGGUGGUUCUCGAGGAUUUCUUUAAACCAUUCUCCAACCGACCGCUGACGGAGAAACAAACAUCGAUUAUAAUGAGAGCCGUUGUGGCGGUGUUUGGAGCGAUUUGUGUUGGGCUCGUGUUUGUGGUGGAGAAGCUGGGAUCCGUUUUACAGCUCUCGAUGAGUCUGGGAAGUGUGAGCAAUGGCCCGUUGCUGGGAAUAUUCACCUUGGGUGUGCUAGUUCCGUGGGCCAAUGGAACGGGUGCAAUCGUUGGAGGAACGGUCGGUCUCGUGGUGAUGGUAUGGAUCUGCCUCAAAGCACAAAUGGCCAUCGCUACCGGAGAGCUUGUCUUUGAACAGAAACCAGUCGAGACGCAGGGAUGCAGUUACCAUUUCAUCGCGUCCGAACCGAUGAGUAUGCUUGCGAUCAAUGCCUCAGCUCCCCCACCGAUUGAUGUAACGUCAAUUGAACCGGGCUUCGAGUUGUACCGCAUCUCGUACCUUUGGUACACGACGCUUGGUGCACUGAUAACGAUCGUCAUCGCCGUAAUCGUUUCAUUCCUCGUGGGAGCCAACAAUCCGGACGAAAUGAACCCAAACCUCUUCUCACCCUUCAUCCAGCGUAUCCUGCAACGACGCCGAAUAGCAGCCCGAGGACACCUCGAAAUGGUAUCCAGUGGCAAGCAAAAGAUACGUCAGUGAUUGAUUCAUACGCUACCUA